CCGCCAGAGCACCCGCCGCUGGAAAGUUCAUAAGUUCACGAUUAUCCCGAGUCGGCGGCUCGAAGCCAGGCCCCUGGGCCCGACUCCAGUGCGCAUGCAUUCUGGGCAGAAAAGCCACACACACGCACGCGCGUCUGUGUGUGUGUGUGUGUGUGCAGAAGGCUCACGUCUUAUGCCCGGGUGCACACAUGCACGCCGCUGCUGCUGCUCGGGCGAAUCUUUGCAGGUUCCCGCUUGGGUCUGCCGCCCUUCCAGUCUACUCCAGAGGACUCGAGGAGGCAGUCGCGACCAGAGUUCUACUGUGCUCGACCGCCGCUCUGCGCUGACCGGCCAGGUUUGUCGGUCAGAUCUGUCAGUUUGAGGCUUCGGGCAAGAUGCAGUCCUGCUGCCGAUCUGGGAUGAAGGCCCGAGAGGUGUUUGCUCCUGGAUACGAUCGCCGUCAGUUAACCGUUUAGUUGCUCUGCCAUCGGCGCCCUCCCCAAGGUGGGGUAUGGGAAACGCAUGUGGUCGCCGGAACAAGGACACGUUGCGACGCGCUGCUUCUGCUUUGAUUCUCUCCGUUCCUGUGGGCUGGGCCCCUUCUGCACGCAGACUGACGGGGGGAUUACGAUGAGGUCGAAAUGUUUUUUUUUCCUUUCGCAGUCAAUGUGGCAGGCCAUGUGCGUGACAGGAACGAUUUGAUAUAGACUUGGCGGGAGACCAUCACCUUCUCGGAGGGGGAUCAGGAGAAUGGGAAAGAUGAUAAUGACGAGGCGGACUAGAAAGAAGGGUGGCCCGACGCUGGCUUCGCGAGGAUGGCGCAGUGUCGAACGGAGGCUGGGAGCCGCCGCCCGAAGACGAGGGCUUUUUCCUCCGAGACGGCGAGAUCGUCAUCACCACUUUUCCGAAGUGCGGCACGACGUGGAUGCAGUACAUAGUGCUCACCCUGCUCUACAAGGGCGACGCGUCCAAGAUCGUGAACAUGGACAUCCAGUCGCCCUUCCUGGAAGACAUGGCCAAGGGAAAGGGCAAGGACAAGGAGGACGGUGGCCACUUCGACGGCUCGCGGAUUGGGAGCUCAACCCAGUCCACAUGGGCAAAGGGAAAGGCAGCGACCUCUGGGAUGAUUCCAUGCUGGAGAAAGACGGCCACGGGAAGGGCAAAGACAAAGACAAGGACAAGGACAAAGGCAAAGGCAAGGACAAGGAUAAAGACAAGGACGGGAAGGGCAAGGACAAGGACAAAAAGGGAAAGGACAAAAAAGGCAAAGACAAGAAAGGCAAGGGUAAAGAUCCUGAGGAGGAGAAGAUGCUUAGAGAGCUGAUCGCGUGGGACGGCUCCUCUUGGUUUGGAUCAAGGCCAACGCCGAGUGUCUACAAGACCCACAAGAUGCCAGACUCGGUGCUUUGGGAAGGAGGCAUCAAGGAGAUUGCGCAUUGCAAGUGCAUAGUCGUUACACGAAAUCCGAAGGAUGCUAUGAUCUCUUUAUACAGGCAAGAACAUGAUAACUCGCCCCCUACAUUCGGGGGCGGUCCGAUUCAUCGGGCCGUUGUCCGAUUGGGUAGAGCUUUUCACCACUGCCUUCAAGGCUCGUGGAGGGCAGCGGCUCGGCUGCUUCUGGAAGUGGCACGCAGAGUGGUGGAAGGUGAAGGAGACAUACCCGGACAACGUCCUGUGGAUAUCCUUCGAGGACUUGAAGAAGGACAACCCUGCUCAGGUC